UUGUUUUUAAAUAUAUUGUAAAGCUGUAUAAAAGUAGACACUUUGACUACUCCGUCAUUGUGAGUGAUAGGAAUAAAAAGGAAAAGUAAAAAAGGUUAAAGGGAAUGUUCAAGUUGUGUAUAAAAUGAUGUACCUUUAUGAGCUUCAGGUGAUUAAGGGAAAAUUACACGAAAGUUGUGACUCUUACUGCGCAAUAUACGUGGACGGGAAAAGAAAAGGAAAAUCAUCCAUUAGAAAAGAUACUAAAGAACCUGUGUGGAAUCAUGCCUGUGUGAUUGUGCUUGAAGGGCGCGAUCAUGAAAUUAAAGUUAAGAUUAAAGAGAAACGUGCAUUUAUUAAUGAGAAAAUUGGACAAGUAAUUGUGCCUUUUCCUCCUGAGAAACGUAAACAGAAAGAUGUCGUUAUGGAAUUGGACAAUGGAGGAGAAGUAAUUUUCAAUGCAAUAUUAACGGAGAAGAGCACUUUUUUAGAAGAAGACGGGGACUACCUGGCAGCCUUGACGAUUGGUUUCCAAGUGGUUGUGAAAUUCCAAAGUAAAGUAUUGAAUUGUACCUCUGAAAGAUCUAUUGUGAGGCUUCGAUCCGAACGCAAUUAUAACAAAUACACACUUUUUCUUCCUAAUGAAAUAAGAGAACUACGCGCAAAAAAAGACGACCACCUCAAAUUUCAAUCCUUUGUUAUGAUCUACGGAGGGAAGUACAAGCGGCGAGUCAUCUGUUUUAGAAAACCUGGCGAGAGGGACACCUGCAUGAAGGCCAUAAGUUGCCUAUUGCGCUAUUGGAGGGAAAACAAACCAAAAAUGGAAGCUUCCACAUGGUUGGCUUAUUUGUGGCACAAGUUUGAUUUGGAUUACUCUGGACACUUACAAGUCGGUGAAGUUCGGAAACUGCUAUAUCAUUUGAGCCUUCGCCUCAAUAACGAAGAACUUUGCAAGCUUUUUUAUUCGGUGCAAGCAAAAGGCAACCCGCGAAACGAUAUGGACUUCUUUGAAUUUCUGGAUAUGUUUUCAAAGCUCGAGGAAUAUAACGAGAUCGACACUAUUUACUUGGAACACGUGGAAAAAAGAGAGUCAUUAAUGCCUUUGGAGCAAUUUCAAAACUUUAUGAGGACUGUUCAGAACGAAAAUAUUUCUGCUACGAAAGUAGCAGAAUGGUGCGAGUACUUUAACAAAAUAAGCGAUCUAUACCUUCACUCUCGCUAUCCUGUCGUGUUUGCCUCCGACUCCUUCAACCUUUUGACCUUCCGCGCCUUUCUUGAAAGCGAAGAGAACUCUUUAUAUAGCCCGGCCAUGAGGGAAUUUUAUCAAGAUAUGGAUCAACCAUUGAGCUCUUAUUAUAUCGCUUCCUCUCACAACACUUAUCUUCUGGAAAACCAAUUUCGGGGUCAAUCCAGUGUGGAAGGCUACAUCAGGGCACUUCGGAGCGGCUGCCGUUGCGUCGAACUGGACUGCUGGGACGGCCCGAAUAAUGAGCCAAUCAUUUAUCAUGGCUAUACUUUGACCAGUAAAAUUUUGUUUAAAGAAGCUCUUGUGGCCAUUCAAGAAAACGCUUUUGUUGCUUCUCCAUAUCCCGUUAUAUUGUCUUUCGAGAAUCACUGCUCGUACGAACAACAGCUGAAAAUGGCGGCUUACGUAAAAGAGAUUAUCGGAGACUUGCUUUAUUGUACCCCCCCAGACGAAUAUUUAUCACUACCUUCGCCGGAAUUUUUUAAGGGGAAAAUUUUCAUCAAAGGGAAACGGCUUGAACCCAACGGAACUGAGGAUGAAAGUGACGAAGAGGUUAAAGACAAGCCGCCGCCGCCGCCUGCCUUGGCUCCAGAAUUGUCCAAUCUGGUCACGCAUUUUGUUAGCAAAAAAUUUAAAAAUUUUAACAUGAGUAAAAAGGAAGGAAAGUGCACAGAAAUUUCCUCUUUUUCAGAGGCGAAAGCGGCGGAUAUGGCAGCGAAUCAGAAGCAGGAGUGGAUUGAGUACAACAUCCGCCAAAUGAGUCGUGUCUACCCUUCCGGCAAUCGCGUGGGUUCCUCCAACUACGACCCAACCAUGGCCUUCAACUGCGGCGCGCAGAUUGUAGCUUUGAACUAUCAAACGGGUGAUAGAGGGAUGCAGCUCCUCCGAGGUUUGUUUAAAAUGAAUGGAGGAUGUGGCUAUGUUUUGAAGCCCGACUUUUUAAGAACGCAUCCGACGCCUCCAAUGAACGGGAAAGUUUACUUAGAAAUCGAGAUUAUUUCGGCCAAUCGAAUACCCAAACAAAAGGGGAACCACCGAAAGACACCCAUAAGCCCGCUAAUCGAGCUUGAAAUUGCUGGAGUUACUCCACGACGCUCUUUUAAAACUGGCGUUUGCCCAACCAAUGGCUUUAAUCCGGUCUUUAGAAACACCGGUACAUUUGUAUUUACGCUCGUCGAAUGGGAGUGCGGGAUGGCGAGAUUUAUGGUACUAGACAGCUCAAACGGAAACGAAGAGUUUAUAGCCUCUUCAGUGGUGCCGCUCAAAGCCAUGCGUGAGGGCAUCCGCUCAGUCCAACUAGACUUUGGAGAUGGACUCCCGAUCUUACGAGCAAACUUGAUUGUACGGACCUCUGUUAAUUAUGAUAAUAAAUAG